UGCAGGGCGGAAUAUUGCGGUUAUGCGUUGUGUAAGUUGCUGUGAAUUAUUGUACUGGCGAGUCUCUUUUUUUUGGCUGCGUAUGUGGAUGGGAUUGAUUGCGCGUAGAGAGAAGGGUUGUAGCGGAAUUCAUGCAAUUUUUCGAGCGCAGUAGAUACCGACCGCAUUGGUGAGGCGACGUGAUCAACGUGGAAUUAGACAGAAAACACACUCGUCUCGCACAAGUAACAUUCGGAGCGCUGCAAAAAUAUUGCACAGCGCAGCCAUUUGGCCAUGCGAAAUUUCAGGAAAAAUUUUAAGCUCUCCAAGCGCCAGAGUAGCGACGGGAGAGAAUAAUAAGCCACUCGAACAAAUGCAUUCGAGGCAUCCUGCACUAUAUACGCGCAUAGUAUACACGUACACACCCCCGCAUCCGCAUACAUCGCUGCGCGUCCGGAACUCGAGCUUUUACAAUGUUCUCUCUUUCUCGCGUAUACCCUCUCGCUCAUAUUUUCGCUCACUCUCUUUCGCAUAUUCAUUAUUUAACUCUCUCAGUCUCUUCCGCUGCCGCUGCUUUUUUCUCUCCACUCAUCUCUCCCCGCGCGCGCUACCCCUUUUCCCUUAACUAAACAACGAACGUUCGAAACACGAAAAAGUUCCGAAUACCCACUCCUCCCCCUAUCCGACCUCCCUCCCGUGUAUUCAUUAAAAACAUUCGCUAUGAUAAUCCUAAUUAAAUGCGCCGACUAAUUUGCGGUGGACCGCGAUGAGCUUAUUGAGCUUGCGACGUGGAAACCGGAGUUGAGUAAUUUUGCGCGUUGCAGUAUGUAGAAAAAAAGCUCUGCAAUCUUGAAGAUAUCCACAACGUGCAGCGACGCCGAAGGGAUAAAAAAUGAUCUCGCUGCCCGGGGCUCCCGAAAAAAGCUCGCCCGGUCUCCGUCCCUGGCAACCUUGUAAAGCUCUCUCUCUCUCUCUCUCCAGCGGCGCUUGUAUACGCCAGGGAGCGCGAGAGAGAUUCGCACACGCACACACAUAGAGAGAGAGAGAGAGAGUCGCCCGAACCCUCCGCGUAGAAAGAGAAAGUACUUUUUAGCGAAAGUGAUGGUCGUGCGGCUGGGGUUGCGCUCUCGGCGUGGGCGGCCCUCUGUACAGGGGCGCUGCCGCAGCUCGGCAGGAGGAGGAGGAGGAGGAGAGUAGCCGGCGGUGGUAACCUUGCAACCCCCGACUACGCGGAGGCGCGCAAGCUGCGCAGACUCGCGCGAGAAGGAGCAGAAGGGGAAAUUCGAGUGCGUGAGUGAGAGAGAGAGAGAGAGAGAGAGAGAGAGAGAGACCGGGAUCCCGGGGUAUGGCUGUACGAGCGUAGGGGGUAGGUCUACACAGGCUGCGCGGGUGUGUGUGUGUGCGUGCAGGGGGUGCGCGCGCGCUUGCGCUUGCAGCCGGCUGCCGGCGGCGCGAACAUCCUCGAGAGAACGGCGGCGCGCGCGACAGUGACGGGCGUGACGUAGUCGGAGGAGGAUGUACGCCCCGGUCGGCAACGGCCCCAGCAAUCAUCAAUCAUCCCUGCUUAAUUCAUGGUGGCUUCAUCCACUAGCUGGAGGAGCAGUCGGGCACGGGUGCGAUAGAGAGGGGAAUUCCACAGUGGAGGGCGGCAGCGAUAGGGGUGGCGGCGAAGGUCACGGGGUCGGGCCAAGGGGUGGCAUUAUGGACUCUCAUCAACAGCAGUUCUGCCUCAAGUGGAACAGUUUCGGCAGUAAUCUAGCCACGGCCUUCUCGAAUCUCUUCAAAAGCGAGAGUCUCACCGAUGUCACCCUUUUCUGCGAGGGCGUCACAUUCAAAGCACACAGAUUGAUCCUGGCGGCAUGCAGCAAGCACUUCCAGGAGCUGUUCGAGGGCAUGCCGCCCUCGCCGGCGGGCCUCAUCGUCAUCCUCGACGGUACGAGCGCCAACAACAUGGCGGCGCUGCUCGAGUUCAUGUACCGAGGCGAGGUCCACGUCUCCCAGGAGGCGCUCAGUUCUUUUCUCAAAGCUGCCGAGUGUCUGCAGGUGAAGGGUCUGUCGAUAGAGCACGAGAAGCUGGCCGUGGCGCAGAGGCACGCGGCCGAGAACAAUAACUCACCCACAGAGCCCGGCAGCAGCAACAGCAGCAGCGCCAGCGCCGGUAGCAACAACAACAACAACAACAACAGCGGCACAGCGGCGCAGGCAACGGCUGCCGAAAGCGCCGAGGCAUCGGAGAACGGACUGGCCAGGGGCAUCAAAAGGAGGACCCCGACACCCGCGCCCCCAUCCCCGGCGCCCACCUACUCGCUGCCCAACGUCUACUCGGCCGCGCACUAUUACGACAGCCCCCAGAAGAGGCUAAUGAGGUCGCCGAGCAACGUGGACAGCCUGAACAGAGCGUCGGUGUUGCGCGACGGAGCGGCCUUCCGGCCGGCAUCGGCGCCUCACCCGCUGCUGCUCGAGAAUCACCUGUACCAGCCAUUCAGCCAUCCCUCGGAGACGCCGACCCACCCCCACACCGCGCCCCACACGCCCACGGAACUCGAACGGGAACUCGAGCGGGAACGCUCGGAGGAGCGCGAGCGCAACGGCGACACCAAGGACUUUGUCGCGGAAGAUCUGCGAAUAAAGCAGGAGCCGGUGUCGUUCUGCGACCGCGAGCGAGUGGACAAGCUGGCGGAGCGUCUGUCCGGCGAGCUCUACUCCGCGGGCAACCGGGGCAGCUUCGAUUCGGGAAACUACGUCAACAGCACCGAGCACAUGCAGCGUCAGCAGCAGCAGCAGCAGCAGCAGCAGCAACAGCAGCAACAGCAACAGCAGCAGCAGCAACAGCAAGAGCAACGCGAGCACAAUUCGGGAAACGGACAACUGGGCGCCGGGAUGGCGAGCUUGCCACCUGCUCACCCGCCGACACCGGACCUCAGUCCGGCGCCGACGACCCCCGCGAUGUGGAACUCCAAGAUCAACAAGGCCGGCACCGUCACGACGCCCGAUGGUAAGAAGCUGAAGUGUCCGUUCUGCGAGAGGCUGUACGGCUACGAGACGAACCUGCGCGCCCACAUCCGGCAGCGGCACCAGGGCAUCCGAGUGCCCUGCCCGUUCUGCUCGCGCACCUUCACCCGCAACAACACCGUGCGCAGGCACAUAGCCCGCGAGCACAAGCCCGAGCUGAGUCUCAAGGCGUUGCAGCAGGCCAACCACUCGGUACCGGACGCGGUGCAGCAGUAGCUGGGAGCUCGAGGCAGGCGGUCGGCCACGACCUGCAGUACCAGUAGCAUCAGCAGCAGCGGCGCUGGGAACAAGCAGCAGCUGUCGCCGCGGUUACCGAAGUAGUAUCCGAUUUUCCAGCGACAGCAGCGCCGGCCCCCCGGACACGCGGCGGACAGAAGAAGGACACCCUCCCGAGACUAUAUAUUAAAUCUCGCGGCGAGAAUCACACAAAACUAGUCAAUGAAAGUGCAACGGUCGAGAGUAAGGAUUUAACCAUUUGAAGCGUUUAAGAAGUUAGUAGAAAAAGAAAACAAAGAGAGACACACAAACGCGAGAUUCGAUGAUCGGGUGUGCGAUUGUAAGAAGAAAAAUAUUCAUCCGUAUGAUUAUGAUGAUGCUGAUGAUGUGUGAGUAAGUGUGCGAGUGCGAGAGAGAAAGAGAGAGAGAGAGAGAGAGAGAGAGAGAGAGAGAGAGAGAGAGAGAGAGAGUGCUUUAUGAUAUGAGAUUACACAUAUGAAUGCGCGGAGCGUGAGUACCGAAACAAUCUCAUAGUAACUCGGGUAUGUUAUACCUGAUCGAUAUGUAAAUGCAGGGCAAAGGAGAUUUUAAGAGAAGAAAUGAAGAAUCUAUCGUUACCGCAAUAAUUACAAAGACUAUAGUUUAUAAUACGAUGAUAAAUACGAUGAUUCGUACACCGAGAGGAAGGUGAUGAUAUCGGCGUAUAUACAAGAUAGAUAUGAAACUAACCGAGCUGCGAUAACAAAACCGAUAAAUAUUGAUCCUAGUUUUUUAUAAUAGCAUAUUGAAACUGUUGAUAUACUGCUGAGAGCCUAGUGUGGCCGUUAUGCCGUCUUUUUUUAAACUCUGCAUUAUUAUGAAGAUUUUUAAUAGGCUUUAAGUUUUACAACUAUUUAUAUACAACUCAACAUUGCCUCAGAUUUACGCAUAUACUUAUUGAUACGCACAGUGCCAAAACGGAAAAAAAAAAAACAAACAAACAAACCGAUCACUGCAGGAUAGUACUCAGUCAGUUUCUUCGCGCACACACACGUGAAACGAUGAUAAUAGAUAUUUAUGAAAUAUACUGGGCGGAACGAGACGUAUACCUCGAAUACGUAUCAAACUACUACUACUAAUUAUUACUACUACUACUACUACUACUACUACUGCUACCGAACCUUUGUUUUGCUUUCGUCGAUAUUAAGUACGAGCGUAUACUUCAUAAUAGCGUUAACUUUAAGGACGAACAGAAACUAGCCACGUUGAAGCAUUAUGAUAAAGAAAUAAUAAAAAUGAGGAUAAAAAACUCCGAGCGCGCGAUUGCCGGCGCUACCUGCGGGGAGGGCCGAACUUUCGUGAAGGACCGACUUUGCUUCGGGCCGGCGCAUCGUAACUAAGACUGCAAUAUUUAUAUAUCGACUGUUUCCGUACGUGCAAUAGAGAACGAGAUAGAUAGAUUGAUGAUAUGAAGUAUGAUCAUAUGUGAAUAUUAUGAUAUACAUAGGUCGCUCGCGACCGACACUUUGCCUUUUUACCUGAUACGAACGUUUUUACACAAAGCACGCACUUUAUCAUAUAUAUAUAUAUUGAUAUAUAUAUAUAUAUAUAUAUAUAUAUAUAUGUAUGUAUAUAUAUGUAUGUAUACAUUGAUAUAUAUUGUAUAUGUACAUGAAUGUAUAUUUACUUCUAUGCGUUUUCUCUGUUUUUUCCUCGAUAAAUGGGUGAUGAUGAUGAUGAUGAUUUACGCCUCCUUCACGAGACUGCGCCGAGACCUUGUGGGUAAAGAAAUAGCUGGCAAUCGCGACGCGCCGAGUGAUUAAACGCGCGAUUAAACUACAGAGCAAAACAAUCAAUAUCAUUUUGUUAACUAUUUACAGUGUUUAAUGAAACAGCGGACUUUUGUCCGGAGCAAUAGUGAAACGCGAUUUUUAUAGGUAAAAUAAUAAUGAAUAAGCGAAUUACACAAAGAGUAUAAUUAAACAUAGUAGAGCCGCCGGAUCGUCAAACGGGAUAAGAGAGAUGAAAUAGUUUAUGAGAUAAACCUAUAAUAGACGAUGGAUCGGAAUGCAGAUAUGAUUGAAAGUGAGCGAGAAAGAAUUUAAUUGUAGGGAAGGAAGUGGUUAAUUUCUUUUACCGAUCGAUGAGAGACCGAGUGACAUUCUUCAUUUUUCCGCUCUCGAUUAGCAUUCUUGAUUUUGCAUCAUAAUGUAAUACAAGAUCACGGAUGGCAGUUCUGAACGGACAAAGUGGUUUUAUGUCGGUGUUAUGUACUCGACCGCCUUAUGUAAUCAAUUGACGAUAGACGAUUAUAUUUUACGCGAUUGGAAGCUCACAUAGUUAGGGAUACUCCUAGUCAGGAGGGCAUCGCGAUAUUAAUUGUUGCAGUAUUUACAUGUUUUUAAAGCAGAUUCUUUCUUCUUAAUCUUCUUAUAAGCUCAAUAGUUUUUGUUACAGAAGCGAUCGAUGAAAUCGAUCAUUACAGUUACCUCACAACGAUAUGCCUAUAAUAGUGAAACGUUAUUUAUAUCAUAGAAAGACAAUAGAGACAAUAGAGAUUUAUUUAAUGUUUAUUACUGAUAUAGAACACAAGAGGCAUUUUUUACAGUCAAGACAUUACGUAGUUUAAAUGGAAAUGAACCGUGAUGAAAGACAAAGAAAAUAGUAAGGGAAUACGAAUGGAACAAAUAAUAGAAUAAAACGGAACAAUAAUAGUAAUCAGUAGCGAAGAUAAAGUUAAAGAAACAAACAAACCGCGUGAAACAGCGCAAAUCUGCCAAAAGUAUGAAACUUGCUACCUCAGAGCCUUUUCAGACGUAUAACGUAACGUAACAGGGAAUAGAACUGAUAGUCAUUCAAUAAUAUUACGCAUUCACAAGCACAAACUCUCAAAACCACACCUACAUUGAUAUUCAUAUUGCAUACACGUUAUACAUAUAUCAUACGAGCAUUUCAGCGCGUAACGAGGAACAAAAUUUCUUUUUUGUUUUCCUUACAUAUACUUGGAUACAAGGCAUUUCGGUAUCGCGGUAUGUAAUUUACUUCAGUCAAAUGAGUUGAUCACACAAUCAGUACUCGACGUAGAAAGUAGAUAUAAAUAUUUAUUUACGUUAUAAAAGAGUAAAUAGUUUGUUAUAAAGAGGAUUUUAUUUUUGCACUUUUGUACCUAUAUUAAUUGUGACUUGGGUGAAACAAAUCAUAAUUUACUGAGUUUUGCAGGACGAGUAAAUGGCAUUAAUUUUUUCGGUCGAUCACAUUUUCACUCACAGAUCACGACAAGAAUGAAAAAUAAUAAUAAUGAAUCGCUACGUUGUUACGAUUGCGUCAAUCUUUUUUCAUUUAACUUUUUAUAAAAAAAUACCGGAAAAAAGAAGCAAAAAAACUAACUGCGUAUACAAAGAGUCGAGUUGAAAUUUUCACGCCCGCAACAGCAGAAAUACCUAUAUACUAUUGUAUGCGUGUGGCGAGAACUAGAGGCGCGAGUGAGUGGUGUUGCACUAUUUUUACCGGAUAUGCGAGAAACUAAAUUUAAGAUUUCGAGUAUGUAAACGUACGCGUAAGUGAAAAAAAUUAUAUCUAUAGACAAAAAUUUCGCUCUAAAGAUUGCAAAAAAAAUUGAUGAAAAAAAUUAACUGUAAGUUCAAGCUCUGCGCAGAAGUGCAACAUAUUACUAGGUCGAUGGGGUGAUUUUUCGCGAGGAGAGUGGAGCAAAAAAAAGGGAGGACGAGUGGACAGCCGGUAAAAAAAGGACAAAGUGGGUGGGCGGCCAGGAGACGAUGCGUCGAGAAACGGAAGGCGAAAUUUAGCUAAGGCGUCUUAUUAACGAAAAUUUUCGAGGUUAUUCAACCAAUGCCGGUGUACCUAAAAAAUUACCCGUACUGUAAUACUUUUCGAUACAUAUAUGAAAUACUUCAUGCAUACAGAGAGAGCGGUAGGGAGAGAAAAGUACGCGAGAAGGGCAGUUAAUAAUGAGACGGCGCGCCAGCACUAUUAUUAUAGUUUGUAAAUAUAAAUUAUCACUUCGUUUAUACUUUUCUUCGUUUAAUUCAUGGGAUGAAUUGAAAAGUUUUUUUUCUUCUAUUUAAACGCUAUAUAAAAUGAUAUAUAUUUUUUUCUUUUCCCGAAACGCGCCUCGUCUUUCCGCUGAGCGGAGACGGGAGCGCGUCUUGCGUUAUAAAAACAUUUCAGUGUGACUGAAAAUGAAUUCGUAUUUUUUUUCUAUUCUUCGUUUCUAAGUUUAUUGAGUUACCAGACGAGGUGAGCGUUCACCACGUUUACGUCUUUUUUCUCUAUUAUUAUUAUUAUUACUAUUAUUUUUUACUUAUUAAUCGGCGUUAGAUUUACAGUGCACGCGAAAAGCAACGCGCGAGAGCUUUCUUCUCUCUCUGGAAAUGUGCCGAUAAGUUUUGCAAUCCCUCGAGGAUCUUUCGCGCUUUCUAUACUAAAUAUUUUUCGCUAAUUUGUACAUAGAUAUAUAAUUAAAGUAACCAUGCUAUAAAUCUACGGAAUUUAAUGCGUUAAUCGGUGUGUUUGGCAUGUUUUCUAUUUAAAAACGAUGAAAUUAUUCUCAUUGAAUUUAGAGAGUAAAGCUGAACGAACAGAUCGACACAUUUUCUAGAUUUGCGCUCAUAUAUUUUACAUGUAAUACGCAUACAAAAUUUAAUGGAUAUAAACACGUCUUUUCGUAAUAUCGUGCACCGAGCGUUUAACAAAAAUUAUAGUAUAGCUACUAGAAAUUCUGUCUGUUUGCGUUCGAAACGGAAAGCAAAAUUGAUUUUCGGCAAAGUGGACAAGCGAACAGGUGCGAAUGCGAUGAUGCGUACGUGUGGAAGCCGCGUGAACGUUAGCUAAGGCAAAAAAACAUAUACCUAGAUUAUUGAUAUAGAAUAUUAUUAUUCUGAUUAUUAAUUAUUAUUAUUAUUACAAGUAUCUAAAGUUAUAACAAUUAUCGUACGAGGAGUAGGAGAAGGAUGAAGGACGCGAAUGGGAUCGUUGAGACGUAUGUGUAUAGUUAUAUUGUAAAUGUGCAUGUGAAAGAAACCGAUUUGGCAGUGCGGCCGGCAUAGCAAACAAAAAUAAUCCUCUUUCUCCCACUGUCGCGCUUCCGUAUUUGAGUAAGCGAGCGCGAGACAAAAUUUCAGUAAAAAAAGCAAAAAAAAAACGAAAAAAAAAUUCGGGAGAAAGAGCCGAAAAUUCGUAAGUUUAGAAGUAUCGUCCGUUGUCGUAUAUAUAAAAAAGUGAAGUUCGCGUUCUGUUGUUUUUCAGUUUCCUCCUCAUUUAACGUUUGGAGAAGUGGCGAACGGGCGGGAAAUUUGAAUCCGUCUCGAUGGUAUAGACGAUUGCGUACGUUUGCCGAAACAUGUACAAAAUAAACACACACACACACGCAUAAACACAGACACACUUGCACUUAUGUACGUUUUUCAUCGCGUAAUCGCGUGUAUUUGUUGGUUUUCCACUUCUGUUUUUGUUGAUUAGUUUAAAGGAUAAAUAGAAAAAAUGGUAAGAAAAACGCGUCGAGCGGUUCGAGGGAAAAAUCGCGCGACGUUUUAUCCGUGCGGAGCUGGACGAGGACGAGCGCGAAAUUUGAAUUAUUAAACUCGGGUUUGAAAAACUCGAGGCGUUUUGGACCCCACAAAAGAAAAAACAAAUUUCGGCCGUUGAUUACACGUGAAAGAAAACAUUGUAAAGUUGGAUUACCUCGGAAUCGUCCAGCUCGGCCGAUCGCACACCAAAGCCUGUCCCGGUUUUACGGAGGUGUCGUAUAGGUACUGCGUGCAUACGCGUUGCGAUUCAAAACAAAGAAAUAUAUGCGCGCGUACGUACCACCGCCUAUGUAUAUAUUCUAUAUUUAUAUACAAAAAAAUAUAUAUAUAUAUAUAUAUAUAUUAAUUGAAAAUUAAAUGAAGGAGAACACAUGGCUACGCAUGAUGAUUCAGAGAAAAGCGGAGACGAGAGCGAGAAAGAGAAAUGGGGUGGGAGUGUAUCGAGAGCUUGGUAAAAGCGAGCAUUGUAAUACGCUAUAGGAUAAUAUGUUGCAUGUUGUUUAUAUAAUAUGUGUUUUUGAACGGAUUCAAAAUCCUCUUAAUAGAUGUCGUGGUGGUGUGACACAUCAUGGACGCGCGCGCGCUUCAUUAGGCAAAAAUGACGUUCUUUAAUUUCCAGGCCGUAAAUGUCGUAUGAUACCAGACGCGUAUAGGGUGUUGUGCUAUCAUGCGAUUGUCCGAUGAAGAACCUCCUCUUCUUUAAAAAAAAAACUUGAAACACUUGCGCGCGACGUAGGCAUAGACAAGCAUAAAAAAGGCACGCAAUGAGAAAAAAAAUUCAAUUCAUGAAAAAGGAAAAAUUGAAUUUAAAAAUUUCGACACGAAACCGAGGAUGACAAAGAGACAAAGCAUACUCAAUUACAAAGAACCGACGUGUAAACAAGCGGAUCAAAAAAUACUAAAAAAAAAUUCUAUGCUCAAAAUUAACCACGUGAAAGAGAGAAGCGAUGUUAAAUUUAUAGAGCGAGUCGUAAUAAUCUUUAAAUAAUUGAUGUCAUCACUGUGCGAACUUCACGCUCACUCAUCACCAAAAUUUUGUCACCAAUUCACACUCACAUAGAUACACACACGCACAUAUAAACUAACACACACAUAUUCUUUUUCUUUUUUUUUCUAAUCACUAUAAAGACACGCUAGUUAGAGAAAAAUGGAACGAAUAUAAAGCUGGUGCACUUAUUAUAUGAAUAAUAGACGAGCCAAGACUUGAAAUUCUUGUCGUUGCUCUCGUCGAUUUAUUGCUGCGACGAGUUUGUAGUGAUCGAUAAUUGGAUAAUAUGUACACACGGAAAAAAUAUGUCGCGGAGCGUUAGCCUGUGCCGCUGUUCAUCUUCACUCAAGCACGAUUCAUUUGAACGGAUUAAUAUAUAAUAGAUAAUUAUUUUUUACCGCAGUGAUAUGAAAUGCAGAUAUUUUUAUUGCAGAUAUAAAUAUAUGAUAGAUGAAUAAUAGGAGAGAAGAGUUUAUAUUACGCGAGUGGAGAUGAAGAUCGGCGAAGAUUGACGUUCGGUAGAAUCAGUAUACAUUAAGCGCAAAAAUAAUAAAGAAGUUCACUCAUCAUUUCAUUAGCAGUGCAUGUUAACGUAAACUCUUUACGUAGCCGACGCACGAAUAGAUGCUACGCAUGUACUGUAAUAGUGUAAUAACAUAAUGUUUAUAAUAGCGAAUGCGAAGGUUGAAAAAAAAUUUUGAUUAGAGCGGCGCGGGAUAGCGACGGAUUCGAAUGCGGGGCAAAAUGAAUAUAUAAAACAAAAAGGCGCAGGCGGUCGGCGGACCGCUGAUCUAUAGUACAAAAUAACGCUAAUGUUUAAGGAACAACGUAGAAAGAAAGGAGGGAAUAAGAAAGAUCAUAUUUGCGACAAAUGAAAAAGAUGUUAUAUUAUGAUGACUUACCUGUCUACGUACGCGCUGUAAUAAUUAUUAUUAUAAAGUGAAGAAUAAUCAAAGAGGACGAUCGUUUGCUCGAUUUUUUCAAGCACUCGAGCGGGUUUUUUCUUUUCGCGUGCGUCAACUCUUUUUCUCGCUAAAUUCUCAUACUUAUCUCUUAGUUGCUUUAUAUCCUCUUUAUUAUUAUUCUAAUGAUAACUAUAUUAUUAUUACUUCUAUUGAUUAAUUUGUACCAUUAUUAUUAUGUUACUUCUAUUACAACUAUUAUUAUAAGCUUUAUUAUUAUUAUUAAUAUUAUUAUUAUUAAUAAAUGUUCUUGUUGAAAACGAGAACAGCUGUUGAGUUUUUCUUAUUUUGCUUUGCAGUCUUAGAGAUACGGACGAUAGAUCGUCCUUUGUUGAGUCACUGUGUAUUUAAGAUUGCGUCGAGAAAAAGAGAUCGCACAUCCUGAAAGAGAGACAGUUGUCAGGAGGUUUUAUCUAUAUUAAAGCAAAACCCGUUCGAACGCUGCGUUUAUCCGACGAGGACAUAAUUAUAUGAGACAGAUACAUAAUUGAUGCCGAUAUUUUCAAAUACACGAGUACAAAUGUUAUACCUCACUUGAAGGAUGAGAAAAAAAAAUAAUCACGACAUACAGGGUGCACCGACGAAGCUUACGACGUCUCUGUAGAUAAUUAUUAUAUAUAUAUAUAUUAUAUACGUAUUAUAUAAUUAUACAAGAAUAGCUACAAAGCAACACAAAGUGGUAUUUUGCGAAUUAUUAAAACAAAUAGUACGAUUGAUAUCUCACAGUGAUAAACAGUGAUACUCUGUCGAUACCACGUUGACGUUUAAUUAUAUGAGAAAUGCCAAGUGCAAGAGUCAAGAGUUAAAUGGUGAAUAAAUAAAUGAAAUAAUAAUAAUAAUGGUUAUAGUAAUAAUGGUAUAACGACAAUGAUUAUUACUAUAAUAAUUAAGUUAGAGGAGUAAUAAGAUGAAAUCGAGAGCGCGUCGUGAGGCGGGCGCGAAUAACUUAUCGUUCGCGCUCGCUCGCUCGCGAAUCCUUCUCUCAGGUAUAAUUGAAAACCAAGUACAAACUACAAAGUAUAAUAGUCUAUAAGUAAGAAAUAGAAAAACUGAAGGGAUUCAAAUGAUAAACGACCAUGCAAUUUUUUACAAUAAUAAUAAUAAAAAGAUAAAGAAAAUACAAGCGAUGCAAUAGUCAAGUGAGUGUGGCGGGAAAGGAUAGUCCGUGUUCAGUACCGAGAUUCUCGACUUCAUUUUUACAUACGUGUAUAUACACACAUACACACACUUAUAUAUGUACGACUUCGCGGUUAUGGUUAAACGUAAUUUUCGACACUAAAAAUAAAAGACUUCAUAUUAUAAAGGGCGCCGGAUACCAAGCGCACGCUUAUGUAUCGAAACUCCAUAAAUUUUGGAAUCAAAACAAGCCGACACAGAAUCUCCUGCGAGCGUCGAGCGAUGAUACUUAUUUGUAUUCGCUCGCUGCCGCUUUAAUCCUUCACUACCGCAUUCUCAUGCCUCGAAAGUUCUUCGUUCUAUUAUUUUUCUUUGUUUUUUUACGUUUCGCGCAACAACAUUCGUACGGCAUAUAGUUUUUAUUGUUUAUUCGUACGAUUAUUAUAUUGUCGGAUACUCUCGAGAGUGGACCUCACAUGGGCAUUGCCAACAUGACGUACCGUUUAUAUAAGUAUACGAAACCGCUCUACCUCAAUAUGUAAUUGUAACGACGGUUGUUCCUGCACUUUCAUCGCACGAUUAACGCGUUAGAUAUUUUCAUUUCUCUCAACGCGUACACCGGCCGUAAAGGCUGCUGUACGCGAAGUAUUACACUUUAGUUAUCUCACUGCAAUUCGCGCGAUGUAGUUUACGCGUUAGUUUUUCGUUAAGUUUUUCCCUCGCGUGUAAGUAUCUGUUCUCUUUGAUUUCCUUUGAAGAAGAACACAUCGACAGCUCUCCCUUCCCUCCCCCCCCCCCCAUCAUGAUAUAUCCCUCCAGUCAUCAGCUAGUGUGUAAAUAGAACCGGUUAUAUAUAUUUAUUUAAUAUUUAUGUUUUCUACAUGCGCUGGACGCGAACCAUAAACAUAAUCGCAAAUUAGCCCGUAUAUAUUGUAAAUCCGAUGAUGAAACUAUCGAUUCCCCCGAAUUCGCCCCCCCCCUCUAUCCCUCCUAAUGCGCCCGAUUUACGUACGCGUAAUUCGAGCGAGUAUAAAUAGAGAAGAAGAGUAAAAUAUUAUCACACGAGAACGCGAGCGCGCGCCAAUGCGAGAAAUAUAUUAUAUGAUAUAUAUUAUAUUAUACCUAGGCGUUAAGGAGACAAUGCUUGUUUAGAUUGUAAGCUGCCCCCGGAAUCCCGUCGACCCGCAAUGCGACAAUCGAAAGAAAGAGUUGAAAUUGAAAGCUCGAUAACGAAACCUUCGACCUUUUUUCUGAAAAGAAAUAAAGAAUGAAAAAAAUUGAUUCGCUAUGAAAUUUUAAAGGUAAAAAUAAAUAAAAAAAAGAAAGAAUUAUAACGAGUUGUGAAGCGAGCUGUAAGUGGGAAGGUAUACUCAAUGUAAAAUGACAUAGAACAGGAAGUAAAAUUCUAGAUUUUACCCGACUAGAGCGAAAGAUGAGAAGAAAAAAAGUAAAAGUAAACUAAAAUAAUAAUUGUAAACGAUUAAAAAAAAGCGUAAAAAAUAUGUCUUUUUCGACGAUCACUUGCUUUCGAAAGUUUGAACGAUUUUCACGUCUAGCUUGUCUGUUUAUGUUUCCUUAUAUAUCGGACGGUCCCUUUUCGAACAUUGUAUUGACCUGCACGUAAUUGUAUGUUGAGUAUCAUUCCUAUAAUAGACCGACGUUGUACGAUGUUGCGUUGCACCUGCGAUCGUGGGCGAUUCGAAGAUCGAGGCGUUUCCUGAUAUGCGAACCAUCAUCAUUCGCAUGGCGCUCGAUCGCAGGUCAACUUCUUUGUUGUUUCCUCUCUCGAUGACGAGAAUACGAGUGAAAAUAUGGAGAUAGAUAAGUGAGAGAGUAAAUAGUCUCUCAUAUUGAUAUAGAUAAAUAUUUUAUUUUUUGUACAGUUGAAAUGUCUAUGAUAUCUUUAUUUCUACUCAAGAGCGCGUUACGUGCUUACUUCUCACAGACUCUUGUAUACAAUUUCACUUUUGUUUUCGACCACCACAUGAAUUAUAUAGAGAGGCGUAACCAGCAUUUCGGCUUAUUGAGAGAGGAAAUUUGAAAUAAAAGCGAGAGUAAUAUGGUUACCGAUUUAAUUCAUCAGUGAAUAAUGUAUAUGUAUUCGUACGACCGCAAGGCGACAAUGUUUUUAUGUUAAAGAUUGCGAGAGUGGGUCGCGCGCGCUGACGAGAAUCCGAGGACGAAAGUACGCGUAAGAUUCACGCCAUCGCGCGCGAACUUCGCUCCGUGCUGUGUAGCGAAUUUGUAUUUUGAAAAUACAGAUCCAACGGAGACCGCCUCUUUAUUACAUUUUUCUUUGCAACUUGCGUUAUUUAUACAGGAGGAUACCGGAAGUGAGACGAGCGAGAGUAUGAAAAGAGAGAGAGAGAGAGAGAGAGAGAGAGAACGAGAGAACGAGAGAAAGAGAGAAAGCGAGCGAGAGUAUCGGAAGGAAGGAUGUAGAGUACGCGCGAAAAAAGUAUGCGAGGUCAAAUAAAAGAAGAAGAAAGAGGAGGACAAAAAGCGGUAGAGGGAGAGAAAGGGAGACGCGCGAUCGUAAGGCAAAAUUAAAAAGCUUUGAGGAAAAUUGUCACUUUCGAUGUGGUGCAAGUCGAAAUUCAUGCUUUCGGAGCCCCCAUUUUUCGGCAGAACGAAUCGCACGACGGUGUCUCUGCUUUCUCUCCGAUGUGCCCGAAUGAAGGUGGCAGGGUCUGCACGUUAUAUCGUGACGAGUGUAACUCACCUUUUUUUGUUUGUAUAAAAAUUAAUUGAAAUUUAAUUAGGCUAUUAAUAUAACUGUUCAAUUACUGUAAGAUGAGAAAAACUUUACCAUUAAUUAUAAAUUACAAAAAACUUGACGA